AUGGCAGAAAACUUGGAGAGAGACAAGAGAUCAAGAACAGCCCACAAAACACAUGUACGGCGAUUAAGGUUACAGGACACCAUUUUUGGCGUUUUGCGGAAAAUCGCUACUACGCGCUCAAUAUCAGUCCGAUUUUCAUCAAAUUUUCACCAAAUGUUCUCCAUUACAAAAUAUGGUAAUGUUGUAAAAUUAACAAACACUAGAAUAAUGUAAGAAUUAUUGUGGAAAAUCUUAAAUCGCGGUACCUUUACGCUUUUGAGUUAUGCUCCUGCUGGUUUUAAGUUAUAUUUAUGAAAAUAUCAUUUUUAUACAGUAAAAUAGUUGUUCUAAAAAAUUGUGUUCGGAAAUUUUUGUUUAUUUCGUCAUUCCGCUGAUAUGGCGGUUUCUUUGACGACUGCAAUAUAUUUCUGAAUUGUUUGAGUGAAUUGCUCUUUAUUUUUAAAAUAUCCAAAAUUAAAAAAAAGCCGAACACAAUUUUGAAACUGACGUCUUUAGCUAGCUAUGUCCUGUGAAAAUUUGAGAAAAAUUGGUUAAAAUCCGCAGGAGCACAACUCGUUUGAAAAUCAGUAAGUACCGUAAACUUUUUCGGGAGAAAAUUGAAUUUGAAUAUUACAUUUUCAAUAUUUUUCUUAUUGCCGCGAAAUGUAUUUUAUUAAAUAACUCUGCGAGUUUUCAACAUUUUUCGUUCAAACUUGGUCAGAUAGUAGAACUAGUCUAAUGCUUUCAUGGAAACCAAUAAAAAAAUUUUAGGCAAAAUUAACAUUCAAAGGUGUUCUGUAACCUUAAUAAGUGAAACGAACGAACAAUAGACGAUAGUUGACGAACGAAAACUUGAACAUCGGCAAAAAUAUAAGCAUUACAAGUCUACGCUAGAGCGAAAGAGAGACGUGAUUAACGACCUUGACAAGUCCAUUUUAUCGGGAAUUAAAGACGAGGAGAUCGAAGCCGAAAUCGAAGAGACGUCGGAGUUUACGGACGCUAUAAAUCUGACUUUAAUAGCUCUUGAGGAAGCGAAAAUAUCAAAGGAAAACGAAGGCAGAAAUGUCGAGAACGCAAGUCAACCUGAAAGUUCACCGCCUCUAGAAGAGGGAAAUCACAACACAUCGAGCGUUUCAAUCGGUAGCAAGGUAAGAGCUAGACUUCCUAAGCUACAAUUGUCUACAUUUAAUGGAAAUUACACUGAAUGGCAAUCCUUUUGGGACAAUUUUGUGUCGGUUAUUGACUCGAAUGAAGAUUUGAGUGAAAUCGACAAGUUUUCGUAUUUGAGAGCGUCGUUAAGUGGGUCAGCGGCAUCCGCCAUUAAGGGGUUUCCCCUGACAGGAUCAAAUUAUUCUGGUGCAGUUAAAUUAUUAAAGGAAAAAUACGGAGAUUCUCAGAAAAUUAUUAGUACUCACAUGGAUUUAUUGAUAAACUUACCAGCAGUUUUAAAUGGGAAAGAUCUUAAGGCUAUGAGACAAUUCAGCGAUGACAUUGAAGCCCAUAUGAGGGCACUGGAGUCCCUGGGGUGCAAACCAGAACAAUACGGCGAACUAUUUCUACCUUUGUUGUUAAACAAAAUUCCAAAGGAAGUUAGAUUGGAUAUAUGCAGUAAAGUAUCCGAAAAGUCAUGGAACUUUAAAUCAGUUUUAAAACAACUUAAUGAUGAACUAGCAAACAGAGAACGAUGUGAAAUGUAG